AUGAGACCGAAGUGUAGUGCUAUAUGGACGUACUUUAAUGAAGUAGACGAUCAGACUGUGCGUUGUAACUUGUGCAAUCAAACAUAUUCAAGAAAAGGGCGCGGGACUUCUGGGCUACGGAGUCAUCUCCAGUCACGUCAUAAAACGGAAUAUACGGAGUAUGAAAAAUGCGAUGCGGCUUCGAAAAAGGCUGAAGUGGAAAAGAAACGUAAGUGCACAGAAGAAACUUCUCUUCAGUUGGUCAAGAGGCAAGUUACUUUACAAGAGUCAUUAAUGAAACACCAGUGCUGGGAUUCAUCACAUGAAAAAAGUCGUGAGCUAGAUAAAUUAAUCUGCGAAAUGAUUGCAUUGCAAGAUUUGCCUUUCAAUUUCAUUGAAGGUAUUGGUUUUAGACGUUUUGUCCAAGCCGCACAGCCUAAAUAUGAUCUAAAAAAACGUCAGUAUUAUACUUCGCAUUUGUGUAAUUACGUUUAUCCUAAACUUUAUGAAAAGAUUAAAAACUUGAUAAAAGAUUUGGAAUACGUGUCUUUCACUACUGACAUAUGGACAGAGCCUGGAGCUGGUGUUUCUCUGCUUAGUUUUACGGUCCACGGCAUUAAUGAUGGUUUCAAAAGAGUGUCUUUACUUCUUAAAUGUGUCACUCUCGAAGAACGACACACGGGCGAUCUGGUAGCUCAAAAACUCGACGAAAUACUAGAGGAAUGGGACAUUCCUCGGCAAAAGCUACAUGCAAUGGUCCGUGACGGUGGAUCUAAUAUGAAACGAGCUGCCCGUAUCUCACAAAUCGACGAUAUAGAUUGCACCUUACAUCAAUUACAAUUGUGUGUACGUUCAGCUUUGGCGUCUAAUGAACAUUUCUCAACGCUGUUGGCUAAAUGUAAGCAGAUUGCGACGCACUUCAAUCACUCUAUAACUGGACAAAAGGAAUUGAACGCCUAG